AUGAUCAAUUCACAACAAACAUCAUCAAAUACACAACAAUAUAAAUCAAAAAGGCAACAAAAAAUAGCCGAAAAAUUAUCUAAAAACAAACAAUCAUCAAACACAUCUACAAAAACUUGUUUUCGCGAUGCUGAACGCAACUUCAAAUCUCGUUUACCUCCACCUGAUUUUAGUAAUGUAAUUGAUUUUUAUAAUUUAGAAGAUAAUAAUUGUAAUAAUCAAAAAAUAAAAGAUAGCAAUGUUAUACAAGUUGAGUUAAAUAUUGAUUUGGGUUUUAUUUUUAUUCCUAAUCCCUUCACUCCUGCAAUUCAAAAAUUUAUCAUUAAAAAAUGUUUAAAAGAUUAUGCAAAAUCUCCAAAUAUAAGCAAUCUUGAUACUCAUUAUCUAUUGCCUAAAGAUGGACUUUGGAACCUUCAUGAAAAAUAUUUUAAUAAAGAUCAUGAUGAUGAGAAGGAUGGGGAAAACGAGCCAUCUCAACUAAUUAGAAAACUUAGAUGGAUAACUCUAGGUUAUCAAUAUCAUUGGCCAUCAAAAACUUAUCAUUUUGAUAGAAAAUUUCCAUUUCCUAAAGAUCUUGAGAAUUUAACAAAAUUAGUGGUCCUGGCAAUCAAUGGAUUAUCUGACACUCAUAAUAAUCUCUUGUUUGAUUAUUCUCCCGAGGAAUGGAAACCAGAAGCCGGCGUGGUUAAUUUCUAUCAAUCAAAAGAUAGUUUAAUGGCUCAUAUUGAUAAAAGUGAAGAAAACAUGUCUGCUCCUUUGAUUUCUUUUAGUUUUGGACACUCUUGUAUUUUCUUAAUUGGUGGGCCAACACGUGACAUACCUCCAGAAGCGUUAUAUUUACGAAGUGGUGAUAUAUCAAUAAUGUAUGGUCCAUCCAGGGCUAAUUUUCAUGGAGUUCCAAGGAUUCUUGAAAAUACACUUCCCUCCUAUCUAAAACAAAGCAACAACAAUGAUCCGGAUUGGAAUAUUUAUGCUGAAUACAUGUCUACGUCACGUAUUAACGUUAAUGUUAGACAAGUAUUUUGA